CAGCUUAACAACAAGACAUCUUUAGCCUGUUCCUCUGUGGAGCAAGUUCUUUUUUCACACUGCAAGGAGCGGGGAGUAACGCGGUCUCCUACCUUAAGGGCCAAGGUCUGGGAGAAAGCCUGGUGGACGGAGAAGUACGUUUUCAGAAACUGAGGAAGUGACAUCAUGUGGUUGAGAGUGUGGCCUGCGGUGGCUUGUCUGCUGCUGCUGUGUGUCCAGCCUCUGCACGCGUCUGCACUGCUAGCAGUGUCCUCCUACGAGUUCACCGCUUACAGGAUGCAGCAUUUUGACCUGCAGCAGGACAAACAUGGUUGUCGUGGAGCCAUUGUGAUCGCCGAGGCGCGCGCGGCGGACGACUCGAGCCUGACGCGGCGUUGCGUGAUCAUGAAGCUGCAAGACUUCACCACGGAGCAGUACGUCGAGGCGCAGAGGCAGAACGCCGCCGCAGUGCUCAUCCUGCUGCCUCAGAACAUCUCCGCUGUGCCCCCUGAUGUCAUACAGACGUUCAUGGUGAGUGAGAACAAAGCCUUGCGCAAAGAGACCGUCAUGCCUGUGUACGUGGCCCCCGAAGACGAGCAGCUCCUCUGCAUGUACGAGGAGGUUAAGCUGGUCGCCAGCACACACACCUCCUCAAUCCUGGUGCGAGUUCUUCGUAGCAUGGUCCUGGCCACUGCCUUUCAGAUUCUUGUGAGCAACAACAACCCUGUCAAGACCAUCACCGAUAACUCCAUAGUAACGCUGGAGGGUGUGCUUCCUGGAGCAGGAGGGGAUCCACCCACCAUUGUCAUCACCGCCCAUUAUGACUCGUAUGGACUUGCACCUUGGCUGGCCUACGGCGCUGACUCAAACGCUAGUGGGGUUACCAUCCUGCUCGAGCUGGUCCGACUCUUCAGCAAGCUGUACAGCAACCCAGGCACCAGGCCCCAUUAUCACCUUCUGUUCUCCUUGACUGGUGGUGGGAAGUAUAACUACAUGGGGACAAAGAAGUGGGUGGAGGAGAACAUGGACCAUGCUGAAUCAAGUCUCCUUCAUGACAAUGUUGCAUUUGUUCUGAGUCUGGACACACUGGCCAAUGGGGAUGAGCUUUACAUGCAUGUAUCCCGCCCUCCCAAACCUGACACCCCCCAGCAUAACUUUUUCCAACAGUUGGAACAGGUUAUCUCUGCCCGCUUCCCGUGGGUGAGACUGGGCAUGGUCCACAAGAAGAUCCACCUGGGAGAGUCCACUGUGUCUUGGGAGCAUGAGCGCUACGGGUUGCGCAGGAUCCCAGGGUUCACCCUGUCACACCUGGAAGACCCCAAAUCAGAAGUCAGAGGCUCCAUCCUCGACACUAUAUCACAGGUGGAUUUAAGAAAGUUCAAACGAAAUGGCAUCAUCAUAGCAGAAACUCUGGCACGUUUUAUGUACAAUCUGUCUGAUAAGGGUUCUGCCAAAGACAUACACAUUUUCAAAGGCCAAAUGGAGUUCCUGGACAACCGUUUGUCCACCAUGAUGUCCUUCCUGACCUCCAUCCCGCGGGCCGCCCAGCUGCUUGACAAGGAGCCCAAGCACACCCUGCUGGUGAACUCUCUGGAACAAGAGCUGAGGCACUACCUGCAGCAGGUCCACAGGCACACCUUCCGCCAGGACAAACGGGACCCUGACAUCACCUUUUUUGAUCAAAUGCACCAGCCAAUGACGAUGUACAGAGUGAAACCUGCUGCCUUUGAUCUCUUCCUCGGUGGCUGCAUUGCGGCCUAUCUAGGGAUCGUUUACUAUGCCAUUCAGAACUGUGAAUAUCUCUACACCAAACUCAAAGCAGCAGUGAAAUCCAAACAGCAUUGAGUGCUUUGAUGCUUUGAAGAAUGUUUCAGAAGGUGAAUGAGUACGGGCAUGAGUAUUGUUUUGAGAACAGUUGGAAAUUGGACUUGCUUCAGUGGACAUCAAACCCAAGAUGUACGGGUAAAAUCUUACUUAUAAGAAUAUGUGUCCUCAAAUUGGGCACUGCAUCAUUUGUACACCAUCUGUAUUUUAUGAAUAAAAUUCCUGAAACGCU